GAGUUUUGGCCGACACUUAAUGAGGGAAAACAGUCGACACAUAGACAACAUUCGUUGCAUAAGUUUAUCCGAACCAUUCAGGACUCGUUCUUUCCGCCUAUUCUUCACAUUCCAGUCAUUAAAUUGUUGAAGUCUUUGGCCACGAGUUCGGCCUUCAAUGUCUUCAAUCUCAUCAAAAGCCCGACUCUUCACUUGAGUUCUCAGUUCUCUAUGGAUUACUUCAACACAACUCUCCUUCAAUAUUAUAACACUGUUCGCGGCUCUGAUAAUAAAGAGCGAGUGAACGCCAGCGCAAGCACUUUCGGCUUAUCUAACAUUCAUGUAGUACUGCCCGGACAGCAACGGUUCACUUCUGGUAUUGAAUCGGAGAUCAUAUGCGCUAUCAUUGAGUUGAUUGAAGUGAUUGUCACAAACGAUAAGACAUGUUGUUUAGCCAUUGCUGAGAAUCUUCACUAUUCGAUAAUCACAUCAUUGGUGGGAAUACUGAGAUGUGCUGUUCCUAAAGAGCUAAAGGCAGCCAUUUUGAACUGUUUAUCCGGAUUUGCUUUGUCUUCAUCUUCGGUUUCUAUUAUGAUUUGGUCUAAAAUUGACGGAAUUUUACCAAAGUUUAUGCCGACUGUAACCUCCGGAGUGCCAAUCGAUCCGUUAUCUCAGCACCGGUUGUGGCAAAACGGAAUCGGCAUUGAAAUCGAAGAGAUUGAGGCCAAGAAUGAAGAAUAUCCGAUAACUAUAGGCUUUGUGAGACUUAUGAAAUCACUAUUCAUUCACUUCGACUCCAAUCAAUCACAACAACAGUCUUCAGCCGAUGUGUGCCUUAAUUUCGUCAUUAAUUCGAUUCUUCUUAAAACGAAUGCAAGAACAGUGAUUGAGAACUAUGAGCCGUCAGUGGAAGGACCCAACUCUAAGACGGCUUUCAGUAUAUUCUCGCAGACACUGCAAGAGAGCGGACUUUUUAGGCAAAUAUUGUAUACAUUGGAAGAAAUUGCCGACACUUUCGACAAACAGAUGCUUUCUGUGAGCUUUGAGAGCGAAACUAGUUUUCCUAAACUUAUAGAAAACUGUGCUCUCAAUGGACUCAGGAUUUUGAAAUUGAUUUGCGAGAAACAAAACGACUUCAUUGAUAUGGUUCACGAGAUACCGGGCUUUCCAUUGGCUAUAAUCGCCAAAUUCGAUGUACUCUUCAAUAACGUGAACCCGAGAACGGGUGCCAUCGAUAGACUAUCCACUCUAAUACGGCUCAUAUAUCUGCCGACGCGGGCGUCCAUUGAAACGCUAAAACUACUAUCCACUCUAAUACGGCUCAUAUAUCUGCCGACGCGGGCGUCCAUUGAAACGCUAAAACUGUUGAACAGUCUCUGCAAAAGCAAUCUCGAAGUCUCCCACUUAUGUCUAACACAACUCCAGUCAUCCGACUCUAAAGUGUUAACAAAUGAAUACAUAAUUAACUCGUUUGUCGAUUGUCUGGAAUCGGAUUCUAAAGAACUUCGUUUGGAAGCAUUGAAUCUAAUCGACACGUGUCUGGACUUCGUUCGCGUCAACUAUUCCUAUAAUUUUGCCCACAAAUUGCUGGGAAUCGACAGAACUCGCGCUGUCCUCAAAGACGCGGGACAGUUGGGACAGUCGUUCACUUGCUUUCAUUCAAUUCUUUCGUUCUUCGACUCCAAUACCGAUAUCAAGGAGUUCUCAGAAGAGCGAAGACUUGGAAUGAAAAUUCUCUACAAACUAUGUGUCUCUCACUAUACUUAUGAGACUGUAUUAAGAUUCUUGAGAACUAGUUAUGACUUUAUUGUCCAGUAUUUACAUUCCUGGGAGAGAAUGGCUUCCGAUUCGGAUUAUAACGAAGAAAUGCAAGAAUUAAUAUUACAAGAGAUGACUUAUUUCCUACGAAUCUUAACUAUUGAUAUUAAGAUAACAUCUGAACAGAACCUCAAGUCUCACUGCGCUUCUUAUGUCAACUUUUUGUUCACCGAAACCAAAAGAGGACGCAUUCUUGACCUCUUGAGCCCCAUAUUGUUUAGUCAUUCGCAUCCAGUUUUGCCAAAUCUAGAGUUCUUUGAACAGAAAGGUCUGUGGAAAGCAAUCAACGAGUGCUCCACUGCUACCAAAUCGGUUGAUCUCAAAGCACUUCAUCAGCGAUUGUUGAAUGAAAUCCGAUUAAUUGGUCCACAACUGGGAGUCAUUCAAACAAAUCUUGUGAGAAAUGAAUUGAAGACUAUUCUGUCAUUUGGCGCCGCUUUGAAUGAAUCGCAACAAAAGCUAAACAUCAAAACCAAAUACUUUGACUCUUGGCGUCAAUUACUUGAGAUAUUGAUUAUAACUCGAAGCCUGGAAUCGUGUGAUGAAGAGUCGAGGAUUAGAUAUUUAAUGGAAAUAAUCACAGAAUUGAUUAACAGGGCGUCUGAUUCGGCGACAUCUGCCACACUAUUGAGUCCCAUCUCUUCAUCUGUGCUAAUGAUUUCAUCGACACUCUCUGUCAGCAAAUCUCAAGCCCUGACUUCAAAUGUAUCCACUUGUUUGAAGUCGAUUCUAUCGAUUCUGGACUCUUCUUCGCCGGUC